GCAGGCCUCCCAAUCACGCAAGCAUGGCUCCUUGUUCCAUCAACAUCUCCUCUAUCCACCAUCUCAGGAUCCGAGAAAAGGACAACCUCAGAUUAAGGAAACCUAUCGUGGAGAAAAUGCGCAGAGAUCGUAUCAACAGCUGCAUCGAACAGCUGAAGCUCAUUCUGGAGAAGGAGUUCCAAAAGCAGGACCCCAACACCAAGCUGGAGAAAGCAGAUAUCCUGGAGAUGACAGUGAGCUACCUGAAGCAGCAGCUGCAGCCUGCAGCAGGGCUGUCUCAGAGGGACUACAGUCAGGGCUACUCUCAGUGCUGGAGGGAGUCUCUGCACUUCCUCUCAGUCAGCUCCAAGACAGCAGGCUCCACCGCUGCACCUCUUCAACAGCUCCAGCAGCUGCCCCAGGCCCAGAGAGCCAGCAGCCCACAGCUCCUCUCCACCUCCCCCGUCUCCUCCAGUCUCAAGACCACCACACUCCAAGACACCAAAGGGCCAGUCUGGAGGCCAUGGUAGAAACAUUGUAGACACCUGUCCAAAACCUGAGGGAGCUUGGACUGCCCCUCACUAAGUAGGAAAUAUGUAUUUCCAACCUGCUCAUUUAUGGAUAAUUUCUCUCAUCACAUUGAUGGACAUUGAUUUGAUCAAUGUUGGUAGAAAUGGUAGUCAUGGGUGAAAUGUCUAAAUUGCUUUACUGUGAUUUGGUUGAUCAAUAUUUGCUUUUCAUUUCAUUUACUGUAAGACUUGAACUUUUUAUUGAGUUAUCUUCACUGUGAAAUGUUGAACUAUUGUGAAAUACUUGUUUACUCCAGUGGAGUUUGUUGUUUAAUUUGUAGAUAUAACAGUACUUUAGAACUGUAUUUUCUGCCACAGAUUUUCUGAGAAUAUUUCUCUUUGGUUUUGAAUUAGCCAUGCCAGUUAUUCAAGUUAUGGAUUGAUAUAUCUUUUAUAAAGUGACUUAGAACAGAGGAGUGUGUGUGUGUGUGUGUGUGUGUGGGUGUGGGUGCAUGUGUUUGUGUGAGUGGGUACAUUUACACUGUAAUGCUUCUAUU